AUGCCGGAAAGUGAGUACACUGUCAUUCACAGUUUUCGAGCUGCACAAAUGAGUGCUGAGUUUCUCUGGUCAGUCACACAUUCACACUUCUGUUAACGCUUAAGUAAGUUUUCUGACGGAUUACCACAGGGGGAACAGCACUGACUGUAGGGAUAAAAAUUACAGAUACACUCAUAAGAUGAUCUAAAUAAACUGCUGUUAACUUUUAAAAAUAUUAUUAAAAAAGCAAAUGAGCCAAAGAAAAAAAAGUUGCUUAUUUUAAUUAAAACAUAAGUUUUUACCUUCAACACUUGUGAACAUAUACAAGUUAAUAAAUAAUCUCCGCCUCCUAUGGCUGCGCAAUUUUAAAUUAUUUAAAUGAUUUGGCCCUGAAAAGUAUAUUCAACAUUUAUAAUAGUUAUGUCAAAAAAUACACCUACUUAUAUCUUAAGAAAUAAAUCUUUAAAUUAUUUUUUCCCCGUGUGACCUAUAAGGAUAAACAGAAUGACCAAUGAAUGAAUGCAUUUAUUUUUUCAUUAGAAGCCAAAAUCUCAUUCAUAUAUUGACGGUAUUAUAUUUUAGUUUUUAUAUUUUUGAGUUAUUGAACAAAUAAAAUUUAAUUAUUUUUCCUAAAUAUGUCAUAAAUUUAUGAUAAUACUCUAUAGGCCUAUAAUAAAAUGUCAAUUUCUAAGAUUUACAAGAAGCUUUAUUCUACUGUAGAUAAAGUUAAAGUCUCUGUUUGUGAUUACAGAUACAUUGGACAAUACAGUACAAAUGUUGAACAUGACUGUUCAGCAUUACAGUUUAAAAUAAAAUAUACUUUCACUCUGCUCUCCCCUUUGGAAAUGUCAACAAUGAACAGUCAGUCUCAUCAGUGUGACGCUCCAUGGUAACCUUAAGAUUGAUGUAUAGAGCUUUUACUCAGUGCCUGUGUUAAUUCCAGUUUCACCAAAGCCUUCAGUGAUAUUCAGUGAGAGGGGGAAAAGGAAGUUACGCAACCUUUCAAUUUACAGUUAGGCGUCAAAACACUGCAGUUAUGUGAGGGAAAUCCCUGCGUCACUCUGGGUAUAAAACACUCAAGAAUGUCUGAGUUCAUCCACAAUCACCAAGAAUCAACAGUCUUGUCCAAGAUGCCACUCAUCAAGCUCUACUUCACUCCUGCACUCCUGCUGCUGAUGCUCAGCUGUCCUCUGUGGCAGCUCAGCCAGUCUCUGCCGAUGAUGAGAAAUGGACCAAUGACCGACUCCUGUGUCUUAUACGGACGAACACUUCUACAGAACAUCACUGUGGCUCUCUCAGAGAAGGAAAUGUUCCAUGCAAUCAACUGCACCGAGCAGAGUGUGGAGCUGAACAUGGAGACUAACACACCAUCUGUGUGUGCACCAAAGGAAUCAACAUGCUCUGGAAUCGCUAAAUCAGAAUUUGAUCAGGAGUCAUGUCUGACAGAGAUUGAGAAGGACCUGCGUCACUACUACAAAUUUCUCACAGCCCAGCCGGACCCUUCUAAGUUACUUGACAAAAUUGUUCUGUCCAGCCUCAGAGAAUUCAUGGAGAACUGCUUCACAUGGUCUCUGUCCGCAGACUUGACCUCAAAGCAGGCUGCUGUAGAGCGUGAUAGCACCUUUGAGGAAAGACUGAACCUCUGCAAAGUGCUGAAGGGAUUCCACAUCCGCACCAUCACAAUCAACAGAGUCAUUGGAUACAUGAACUCUGGUGAACACGCUAAAUAA